ACUGUCCCUGAGUUGUCCGCAGUAUGUAUGUUCUUCGCAAUGGUCCCCCUAUCCUUCUCCGAAACUCCUUUUGAGUUCUCUCCUCUAUAUUACAGUGCCCCAAUUCCCCUUCUUGAACCAUUCCAAAACCAUCAUCUUUCUUGAAAGCUUAAAGAAGUUGGGAAAAAGAAAGAAUCCCAUUUCAUGGCGUCGAGGGAUCAGUCAAGUUUCCAGGAUUUCUUGCCCCUGAUGGCGGAGAAGCUUGGAGGGGAUGGACUGAUUGGGGAGCUCUGCAAUGGGUUUCGGCUGUUGAUGGAUUCUGAGAAAGGGGUCAUCACGUUUGAGAGUCUUAAGAAGAAUUCUGCUUUGUUGGGGCUGCAAGAACUGUCUGAUGAUGAUCUUUAUGGCAUGCUUCGAGAAGGCGACUUUGAUGGAGAUGGGGCCCUCAACCAGAUGGAGUUUUGUGUGUUGAUGUUCAGAUUGAGUCCUGAAUUGAUGGAGCAGUCUGAGUUGUGGUUGGAAGAGGCUCUUCAACAAGAGGGCUUCCAAGAUUGUAACUUUUGUUUGUAAUGAUUCUAACUUUUCUUCUUCCUGGUCUUUUUUCUAAUUGAGUUCUUGAUGUUAUGUAAUCCUGCGAAUCAUUGAGUUGUAAUUGGGAGAUGAUUAAUUUCAAAUUAUACAGAAACUAACAGAAGUGGAAUUCGUUGGACCUUUUGCUUUUACAUAACUUGUUAUCAUGUUGAUUGCCAAAAGAUUUGACUUUAUAGAAUAGACAUGGAAAUUCCUACUCAAGUAAUAUGAGAAUUGAUUGAAUUCUUGUUGAGCUA